AUGGCGGACCCGGUAUCCAUUGUCGGCCUGAUACUACAGGUAGGCCAUACCGCAAAAAGAGUAUACGAGUUUGCGAAGCAAAUCAAAAAUGCCGACAGCGAGAUCCGUGAGUUAUUCGGGGAGCUCUUCGCGCUGAAGGCGAUUCUCGAAGAGAUGCGGACAGACCACAUCGAGGAAAAGGGUGCUCAAGGGGUGCCAUCGCCGUUCAGGGAUGCGUUGCUCAAGGCUAAUGCCGUCCUGGAGGAAAUUCUGGAUGAUCUGCAGAGAAGAACUAUGCGGCAGUCGCGGUUGGCGAAGUUGGGGUGGCCGGGUAAGAAGGGGGGUCUGGAGGGAAACAUUGCCCAGCUGGAGAGGCUGAAGACGUAUUUUAUUUUGGUGAUUUUGAACGAUAGAUCGGUUGUUGAAAAGGAGACGGCGCAUUCUAUUGAUGCUGUGGUUGACUGGAGUAGGGAAAUGAGGCAAUUACGGAAAGAGAAAACGCACGAGAAGAUCAAGACGUGGAUAUGUCCCGUUGACGUUGAUUCGAUGCAUCGCAAGGCUCGGUCGCUUUGUCAGCCUGGUACUGGGGCUUGGUUCAUCAAUGGACCCUUCAAGUCAUGGAUUGCAACAGAGGGCAAGUGCCGGUUGCUUUCGCUAGAGGGAAAAUCGGGAUCAGGAAAGACUGUUUUAUGCUCGACGGUAAUUGAAGCCGUCAAAGAUACUAUCGCCACCCGUACCUCCAGCCAAAUGAUUUACUACUAUUGCUCAUUCCAUUUGAGUUCGUCGCAGGAGCUGGUCUACCUGCUAGGAGCAUUGCUGGUGCAGCUAUCUGAGACCUGUCCAGAAAUUCUCGCCGAAUUGCAAAGUUUCAACAAACGCACCCUUCCUCAACCAGAUGUACUGAUGAGUCUGCUUCUAAAAUACACAGGUGCGCUGUCAGAAUUGUUCAUCGUUGUGGAUGCGAUCAAUGAGAGCAGUGAAAGUGCAAAGAUACUCGACGCAUUACUCACCCUCUUGGAGUCGUCAGACAACAUUCGCAUUAUGAUUACAAGCACCAACUCGCCCCCGGUGCCAAAUCCCGCCAUUAGCAUCCUCCGGGCCCAAAUGAGACCUUCCACAAAUAGAAUUGACAUUGAUGCAUUUCUCAAUACUCAGCUAAAGUCAGUCCCGUCUCUUCAACGUCUGCCGGAACACAUCAAAUUCCGCAUCAAGGAAGUCCUGCUUGAGAAAGCAAGUGGAAUGUUUCGAUACGUGCAAUGUCAAAUCGACCUUCUAAGCGCUCAGAAAACAGGCCGGGAUGUUAUUCGCGCUCUGGACAGCAUGCCGGAAAGCCUGCACGGCACCUACGAAACUAUACUAUGUCGAAUACCUUCGUAUGACCGGGAAAUUGCAAGAGAAACCCUGCUCUGGCUUAGUUCAGGCUACCAGGAGAUUACCCUGUCCGAGCUGAGCGAGGCACUCGUCCUGACGAAAGGGGAUAAAAGCAUCGAUGACGACUGUAGACUCUUUGACCCACACGUCAUCCUCUCAAUCUGCCAAGGGCUAAUUGUCUACGACGAGCGUACUACAUUUGUUGCUCUAGCGCAUUCGUCAGUCAAAGCUUUUCUCACAUCGGACGCAAUCAAAAGCGGGCCAGCAGCGUACUACAGCCUGGACGAGACGGAGGGAUCACGGCUCAUUUGGCAAAAAUGUCUGACGUACCUGAUGCUUGACGAGUUCAAACAGCCUUGCUCGAGCUUUCGCUCUCUUGCAAGACGUCGGGAAAUUUACCCGCUGCUCAAGUAUGCUUCCGAGAACUGGGCGAGCCACUGCAGUCCAUCCUGGCCAUCGGGCUAUCCUCUCAUUGAUGCCGAAAUCGACGAGAUUCUCUCUUUCUUCGAUACCCGUCACCUCCCUGACGGGGGGAACUAUACGUCCUGGAUCCAGGUCCUUCUGUACGAAGCUCCCGCUGAACAAGCCCGCAGGACGGAGCCGUUAUACUACGCUGCAUCCUACGGCAUCGUACCCUUGGUGGACCGACUCAUCCGGUCCGGAGCGAACGUCAACGCGGGUGGUGGCCGUAACAACGCAACUCCUCUCAUCGUCGCCUGUUACAGAGGGCAAACGGCUACCGUUCAGAGAUUGUUAGAAGGAGGCGCAGACCCGACCGUUCAGGAUGCAAUGAAGAUGGGCGGCCUGGAAUGGGCGAUCAAAAGGCAACAUCGUGGUAUUGUUGAGAACCUACUAUCGCACAUGUGUAAGACCUUGGGCAUGGGAUCAUCGGGUCUAUACUGGCAGUGUCGGGGUUGCAAGUUCCAGAACCCGAUUGCGGCUGCUCUGCUGCCGUGUGGUUCAUGUGGGAAUGAUUUACUUGACCAGUAUGGUACUAGGUCCGGGGGCUCUGCGCUACAGAAGAGUAGGACUUGGUCGCGCAUUGGUCGUAUUACUGGCGAGCCAAAAGAUCAUCAAGUGUCGUCUGAGACUUAA